GGCUGACUAACUGGUUUUACCAAUGUUGGGGCCUAACGUCUUGGCUUAUGCCGUAGCAAUAUCAGUUUGAGUUCGUGUUUUGGUUGGAACGGGUGAAUACGCCCAGCGCAACGGAUCGAGUGACCGUUAAUUUGAUUGACAAAAAUGUGAUUGUGAAAUUCAAAACCAGAUUUCCCUUCUGUAAAAAUUGUGUCAAAACGAUAGCCGCAAAAAAGUUAAAUUACAGUGACCUUAAUUGGGUGCGCUGAAUAAAAAAUUAUAAUAAAAUAACGCUCCUACUCAGUGAGCAAUCUAAAACACGAAGUGAUAAAAUCAACGCUCCCAGCAAAUCGCCGAAGUUCACAAUUGGUGAUUAAAUAAGCGCCAAAAAAUCGUAAAACCGUCAAAAGCGCAUUCGCGCACCUGAAACUGGCACCUUGUUGAGGUGCAAAACGAACAAUAACGACAAAAAACAGCGCAAUAAAAUCGUAAAAAAUACAGUGCUGACGAAACAGGGAAGUGCAAUUGAAAAGAUUACAGCGAAUGUAAUAAGUAAACGUAAAAAAACAACAACAACAACUUAUUCAUAUUAAAUUAGCGCACACAGAGUUUUAGCAAAAUAAAACAAAUACAAAAACAAAAGCAAAAUAGAUUGCAUUUAACACACACAUACACACAAGCGCACAUUUAAAAAUUCCGCAAAAUUCCGCAAUGUAUGCGCUUUACGGUAAACGAAGAAAAAACGCCAACAAAAUGCCAACAGCAACAAUAACAACAACAACCGCACAACAUUUGCAUCUAUUGCUCUUCAGCGCAUUUUGUGCAUUACUUUUGUUUGUCGCACCAGCGGCCAAUGCUCAGGAAUUGCCAAGUAAUGCUGCAGAUGUACUUGUAGCUGCCACAACUGUGCCGAGUAAUGAGGCUGCAAUUGUAACAACAAUGCACGAAGAGGCCGCCACCACAACACUGCCGGUAAUCGCUGUGGCAGCGGAGUUGGAGCCUGGCGUGAAUGCAACGUCUUUACACGGCGUCGACACAACUGACAUUAAGACGUCUACAGAUGCCAUGGUGCCGUCUACUGACGCUGUGUUGAGUGACGUGAGUUCAACGACUGCUGCCUCAUCUACUCCUGCUGUUGCAACAGCAACAACUACCACAUCAACAGCAUCAUUACACGAUGAUGCACAAUUGUUGACUACAACGGAGGCCGCAGCGGCGAUGACGUCAGCUGUUGCAGCAACAGAAGUGGCUGCGCAAGAGGAGAGCACUAAUGCGUUGCACACAUUGCAUGUUGUUGAUCCAGUCGCCAGUUCCACAGCAGCACCAUCCACAGAAGUACCGCUUCCUGCAGCAGAGACAACAUUAUCGGCGCAACAUGAUGACGCUGCUGCGCCGAGCACUGCCACCACCAACAAUAGUGCGCCUGCGCCACCAUCCGGUUUACCGGUGACCACCAUAGAACCUAUUGUCACAACCGAGCCAACAACCACGCCCAGUUACGAGCAUAACAGCGAGCGUCAAGCAAAGGAGCAUAAAGAACAUGAUAUCGACAUUAGUGCACAUCAAACUAUUACAACAACUACGACCAGCGCAACGCCCGAUCUGAAUGAAGCAAUCAUAGUACCACAUGUACUAGCCGAGCAUGCGCAACAGAUUAUCGAGGAGGAGAAGGCUGAACACAAUCACAAUCACACGCACUUGACAAAAUACGAAGCGGAGCAUAUCCAACAUAUACACGGACAUCAUGGACACGAUCAUGAACAUGAUCAUGCAUACGAACAUGAUCAUGCGCACGAACACGAGCAUGAACACGAACACGAGCACGCACAUGAUCAUGAGCACGUACAUAUAGAUGAUAACGAUCACUCACAUCAUGAACAUGCCAUACAUGAUCACAUCGAUGAACAUGAUCACUCGACGGAGCAUGUGAUCUCCUCAACUUCGAAUGACAUUUUCGCUGAGAACAAAGAACCCAGCCAACCGCUAGACAUACCGUCUGUUAGCGGUGUCAAGAGUGGUGAGGACGAGCAGCAUGACGCACACGGUGAGGAGAAAAUAGUGCAUACGCCCGCUGAAGUGUUGAUUAACCAAAUAUCACAUGAAUUCGAAGAGGACAAGGAUCUGAAUAAUUUUCGCCAUCCGGCAACUUUGAUUACCGCCAGCAAUAGCGAUGAAUCGAUGAUGGCCGCCAUGAUGGCAGCAACAAUGCAGAAAGAAAACGAAAGUGAUAGCACGGCUACAGGAGCUGCCGGCGACGCAGCCGAGACACCACAACACGAAGACGAUCCAUAUCAUGCGCACAUACUCUCCGAUCAACAUGAUGGCUUGGCGGAGCAGGAAGAUUUUAAAUUAAUUGCCGAAGACGUGAGUAGUUCGACCGAAGCGGCCGUAGUCGAGACGGCAAGGAAAUCAACUGCGGAGGAUGUUGAGAAAACGAUCAGCACUGAAGAGAGUAAAACGGUAGUUGUGCCAACUUUAAUUGAGUCAAACGCAACAAAUGAGGAACGUGGACGCGCCAUGAAUAUUGUGCAUGAAGAUGCUAAAGAAGAAGUGCCAGCAACAACAACAAAAUCUAAUGUCGAUGAAGAACCAAUUGUGGUGCCGAUCGGCGAAGGACAGUCGCACGAUCAUAUUCAUUUGCACGAUCACAUGGACAUACAAACAACAACAGCAGCAACCACAACAACAAUUAAGUCCGACUCAAUGGAAGGCAACAACAACGCUGAAACGUAUAAUAACCAUGACGAAUCACUAUCAACACCAUUCCCACAACAUUUCUUCUAUCAUGGUGAGGGCCGUUCUGUGGGCGAUAGCAUUUCGGCGGAGAACGAUGAUGUACCAUUGAACUAUCAUUACCACAACUUUGUGACCACAGAACGCGACGGCAACAACAACAAGAACAAAAGUGUUGAACAUAAAAGCGCUGCUUUGCUGGAUUUGAGUGAUAUCAGUAUGGAUGAUGACGAUCAAAUGGAUGUAACGCGCAACACUUAUGAACAACAACAACAACAAUACGAACAAAAUCAGCCCCCAAACAAUCAUAGCGCCAAUGAAGAACCACAACAACAACAGCACGAUCAUGAACAUCAGCCGAAGAUCACCGAGGUUACAUCAGCGCCAGUGGGUGCGGCCGCAAUGCAUCAAGACUGCACUGGCAGUGAUGACAGAAUGUACAAGAAUGGCGAAACUAUGAAUCGCGGCUGUGAUGAGCGUUGCACAUGUAAUCGCGGCGAAUGGAUUUGUGAACCCCGUUGCAUGGGUAAUACAUUCAAACUGGUUGGCGGUGCACCACAUAUGGAUGUGACUCAUUGUCAGCAGGUGGCUGUUGAUGAAUGCUGCGCAACCAUGGAAUGCGGUCUAUUGCCGACAAUGGGUGCAAUAGAAUUGAAUGCUGAGGGUGAACUGAAUGCCUCCGCACAAGCACCACGGCCCGAUUGCCACUACAAAGGCAGCGUGUACAAAUUCCGCGAGCGACUGGAAAUCGGCUGCGAACAGAUUUGCCAUUGCGACGAGGGUGGCGUAAUGAAUUGCAAAUCGCGUUGUCCGGAACGCAAUCAUACGCGCCUCGAUAAGUGUGUUUACGUAAAGGAUCCCAAGGAUAUCUGCUGUCAAUUGGAGUUGUGCGAUGUGACGCUAGACGAUCACGAGCAGACCGCAUCACCACCAACAGCGCAAAAUUCGAUUGGCGACGAGCAAUACGGUUCGGAGGAGGCGCGCGAUAUCUCCGGUGCCGGCGGUGAAGACUCCGCCGAUUGCGAAUAUAAGGGACAACACUAUCACGAUGGUCAGCAGUUCCAUGAUGGCUGCGAACAGUUAUGUAUUUGCACGCCAGAGGGUGUGCAUUGCGCCAAGCUGCAGUGUCCAUCCACAUUCGGUUUGGAUCUAAUGAAUCCGCAUUGUUUGCGUUGGGAACCGGAACCGGCCAAUUUUGAACCGAAAGCGCCCAAUUGCUGUCCGGAGAAGAUGCGUUGCGUGGAUAACGGCACGUGUAAUUACCUGGGUCACACCUUUGACAAUUGGUCACCUAUACCAACUAAUCUCACGGGCUGUGAACAGCAUUGCUAUUGUGAGAACAGUAAGGUAGAAUGUCGGCCAGCAUGCGCGCCAGUAGUCGCACGCCCGCCACCCGAUUUGCCUUGCCAUCCAACGCAGGCGCGCAUUUUACCCAUACCAGACGAUGAAUGCUGCAAGCAUUGGGCCUGCGCACCAUUGACGCCCAAACUGAGCGGCGGUAAUGCCGAUGACGUUGUAGCAUCGUCUACAUUCGUACCGCCAAUGCAUGUCUUCAAUACAGAAGGAGUACACGAUUUAAGCGCAUCAUCCACCGAAGAGCCGAACGUCACUGGCGGCAUAACGGCGCACGUCUCUAGCGACAAAAAUGAUAUAUAUCCCAGCAAAUCGCAUGAGAAGCCCUCUCGUCCGGGUGACGCGUUCUACCCCACUAUCGAUGGUAAGCCGCCGAAGAGCGCUUCACCAUUUGGUGAUACGCGUCCCGAGAAACAUGAUAAACAUGAAAAGUUUGUCAAGAAACCGGUUAUUGUGAAACCACAGCAAAAUGAGGUUAAAUACGAUGUGCACGAGCCGCAAGACGAACAUGACACUGUACCACCCGGUUUCAUACCCAUACAUUUAGGCAGACCCGGCGGUAUCGGCAACGUUGUCAACUACAAUCCGCAUCCACCACCAGCUGGCCAACCAGGUCCAUACGGUUUCUACAAUCCCGCACAACCACCAAAAGAUCGCUUUGGUCCCUAUAAUUCCUAUGAACCCUACGACAUUAGUCCCAAUGGCAUCGCACAGGGUAAACCGCCCGCACCAACUAGUCAAUCGGAUUUGUUUAAUAUCUUGGGUGCUGGACCGCCAGCGGCACAUCCUGCCGGCAUUGGAGCUGCUGGUGGACCACCGGGUGCACCGCCCGGCUUCAAAGGACCAGCCAAUUUGUCACCUCAUGUGCGCAUCGAGCAUAUUUUACAGCACCUACAACAUACACCUGUACAGGGUGCCUAUAUAGCGGGCUAUGGACAUGGUAAUGAGAGUGGUGGAUUGCCACAACAACAGUUAAUACACCAUCAACAACCGGGUCAACCACCCAUGCAUCCACAAUAUGUACCGAUCGUGCAUAGUGGCUUACCACCGCCACCACCACCGCAUGGUAUUGCGAUUGUCGACGGCCAACCCGUGGCUUAUGGCGGUUUUCCAGUCGUACCUGGUCUGGGGCAGCCACUACAUAUUCCGCACGCACAUCCACCGAAUGCGCCUAGUAACAGCAAUACUAAUAAUAAUAGCAAUUUACUGCAGCAUCCGGAGCAAACGGCGAGUAGUUCAACUACUUUCGCGGCGACCACCAGCGCUGUGGGCUUAACCGCGCAAUCUACCGAACACGGCGUGUUACCGGCCAUUGCUGCCACCGCUACGCAUCCCAGUCAAAAAGGCUUCAACAAUCUGCAAAGCGGCAUUGACGUUCUCAAUCUGGAAGCCAUUGAUCCACGCACCAUACGCAUAAUCUUCACCGUACCGCCCACUUAUGUCAAUCUCCAUGGUCGCGUCGAACUGCGUUAUACGAAUGGUCCCGGCAACGAUACCACUACUUGGGAGCAGCAAAUCUUUGCACCACCCGAAGACCUAAUUGCUACUUCGCAGAUGGAAUUCGAUCUUCCCGGCUUGGAGCCAAAUUCAUUAUAUAAAAUUAAAAUUACACUUAUUUUGCGCGAUCUGAACUCACAACCAACGAGUCCGAUCUUAACUGUGACCACGCCUGCCGAUCGCACGAUAACACCGCCACCACAAAUCUCAGAUUAUCGUCCAGACUUCAAGGAUGUCUUCAAGAGUAUAGAAGAUCCAGAGUUGAAUGUUAGUGAGACGAACUCUACUUGGUUACAAUUGACAUGGAAGAAGAUCGCUGAUGAACAAUUAGAAUAUGUUGAUGGUAUACAGUUGCGUUACAAAGAGCUGACCGGUCAGAUUUAUUCAUCCACGCCGCUGGUGCAUCGCACGCUCACCAGUUAUACAAUUGAGAAUUUACAAGCAGAUACUGGCUAUGAGAUUGGUCUAUUCUAUAUACCGUUGGCGGGGCAUGGUGGUGAACUCUUGGCUGGUCAUAUGAUUAAAGUGCGCACCGCACCAAAGGUUGAUGUCUACAACUUUGAUGUUAUGGUCAAUGUGACUAAGGUGAAAUCGCAGAGUGUGGAGGUUUCAUGGAACGGUGUGCCAUAUCCGGAAGAUAAAUAUGUAAAUAUUUAUCGUGCUAUCUACCAGAGUGAUGCUGGUAAAGAAGAUUCAAGCGUGUUCAAGGUGGCGAAACGUGAUAGUACCACGGGUACAUUGAUUAUGGACUUGAAACCGGGCACUAAAUAUCAUCUCUGGCUAGAGAUGUAUCUAACAAAUGGCAAUAUUAAGAAGAGUAAUGUAGUCAACUUUAUGACAAAGCCGAGUGGACCAGCAACGCCGGGAAAAACUGGUAAACUGCUCACAGCCAGUGCUGGAGGUGAUCAACCAGCUGGUGAUUACUAUGGACCACUAGUUGUUGUAUCCGUGGUUGCUGCCUUGGCAAUUAUGUCCACAAUUGUGCUGUUACUGAUUCUAACCAGGAGACGAGUACAUCAGACAGCGUCUAUAACGCCACCACGAAAGAGUGAUGCGGCCUAUGAUAAUCCUUCGUAUAAGGUGGAGAUACAACAAGAGACAAUGAAUCUGUAGCAUUUCUAAGUGCAACAGCUGCGUGCGAAGUUUCUGUCCAAAGGCCAGGCCGCCUAAAAGCUACGAAUCCUAGUUGUAUUAGAAAUUAGGAAUACGUUUUCACAUUAUUAUUUUUUGAACAGUUUCUUUUUUAUCAUAUUUUAUUUUUAUCUCUUUAUUUUUGUUCAAGUACUUGCAUUACUUUUGUAAAUAUUUUGUAUUGAGUACAUUAAUUAUUAUGAUUAUUAUCAUUUUUUUCUUUUGCUGUCAAUUAAUGGUUUUUUUUUUUGUAUGUGAAACUUAAGUGUGCGUUCUCUUUGAAUUUCGUGUGAAAGCAGUGCCAACAAAUAAACAUAUUCUUGAAAAAAAUAUAUAAAUAAUAUUCGCUUUGGCAUGCAGUUGUCUAAUAGUUAGAAUUUUGUAAGAAGCAAUGGUAGAAAUACAUAAAAAUUAUAUGUAGUACUUGUGUAAUACUAUAAAAACAAAAUGCAUACAUAUAUUCGAGAAAAGCCAUGAAAACAAAAUUAAUAAUUUUCUUUUAUUUUUUAGAUUAAGGAACUGCUCCCUUUCUGUAUUUUUUGUUUAAUUUUUUUUCGUAGUGCUUGCUUUUAACUGUUUAAUAUAUUUAAGAAUCUGUAUGUAAAUAGAAAGUAAAAAAUAAAAAAACACAGAGAACUGCUCAAACACGUAGCAAAACGUUUCUAAUGUAAUUUGUGAGAAAUAUUUAUCGAUUUUUUUCAUAUAAAAUUUUUUUUACUAUAAAAUAUAAAAUUUGAUUAUAAAAAAAAUAAAUUAAUAUAAUAAAAAUUAAAAAUUGUUUUUGUUUUGAACAAUACAUUUUUCAAUGAAAGUUAUAAUUUGUAUUAAAAAAAAACAAAACCAAAAAAUCUAAAUAAUAUAAAAAAAAAUUUAACCUUCUUCAAGUAAGCGACAAUCUGUUUUUUUUUUUCUUUUUUGAUAUUUUGAAUUUAAUAACUUAACACUGCCUUAUUUACAGAUUUGAAUUACAAAUCUAAAAAAAAAUUCGUUGUUUACAUAUAUUUAAAAGACUAUAAUACAAAACUUUAGAAAGUUUUCACUUUACAUUACAAACGUUUUGCUAUAAUGCAUUAUUUAAAAAAAGUAUUUAUUAAAAAAUCAGAUUUAUGUUUUUUUUAUUAUUUCACUGUACUUACAUAUAUGAAUGUUUCCCAAAAUGACGUUGUAAAUUUUAGCUUUACUCAAGCAUAAAUAUAAAUUAUCUGAAGUAUUUAAGUAUAAUAUUAAUAUGAAUAUACUUUUUAAAAUAAAACAUUUAAUCAAGCACAUUCUGCUAGCCAUCCCUAUAAUCCAGUUGCAAUAGCCAGUGACAAUCCCCGACAAAAAGAAAAUUCCGAAGAAUUUUAAAAACAACAUAAUCUUGAAAAAAAUGCAAUCUUUAUAGUGAGCGAAAAAUCUACUGAGAGUUUUUAGAUUUAAAAUAUUAGCAUAUAAAUACUCAUAACUAAAUAAUUGCUUGUAUGUAUGUACAGUUGUAUGCAAAGAGGUGUUAAAAUAUAUAUGAAAACAUACAAUUUGUAAAGAAAAAGAUGUUUGUCAAGCAAAUAAGAGCGAAAUUUAACGUUUAGAUAUAAGUUUAUAUAAAAAAUGUAAAUGCCUGUAAGCAAAAUACACUUUAUGAAAUAAAUAAAGUCGCUAAAAUAUAUAUACUUA